AUGGCCGACUCUACCACUCCUCACUCUGAGGACGGCGGCGAGAGUUCUGACACAUGCUUUCAACAGUGUUCAGGCUCGAAGCUUACGGAUGGGCCUCCUCAGGAGAGUCAAUUGACUGCUUCCUUCGCUCUCGUACCAAUGACUACUCCUGUCACGGUCGAAGACGGCUACUGCACCCCUUUCUUUCGGACUAUGCCUUCGGACGUGCGCGAGCGCCUGGAUACUGCCGAGCACAAGAUAGAGAGAUUAGAAGACGUGAUCAAAGAAUGCGAACCCAGAACCACCGCUCAAGCCUUAACGAUUCAGAAAGUUCUGUCGCAAGGGGACAAGAGUCUCGAGGCUAAGGGUGCUCAGAUCACGAAAAUAGAGACAGGACUAUCGGAGCUAAGGAAAGCCCAGCUGGACCUUCGUGACAGCAAGGAGACGCUUUCUGAUGGCAUGUCCUUCAUGCAUAAGGAACUCGCUCACAUAUGUGAUCAAACCACCUACCUAUCAAGUUUGAUGGACAUGCAGGCCGCCGACUUGCAUGCAGAGCUAGAUGGUUUGAACGAGCAGGUGUCGGAGUUGCGCAAUCUACUGAUUUGGUGA